AUGGCCAUUGAGGACACAAAGUCGCCUACAACGGGCCAGGAGUCCUACGACUCGAAGUCUCCUCACGAUGCGACAGUCGUAGCAUCCUUGACGUCUUUGUCGGACGAGGAACGACUGGGCAAGGCUCCCGAUGACUGCGCAUUCGAUACUACCGAGAAUCCAGAAAUCUACAGGCCCAUAUCGACAUAUGAGGGGAUACACCGAUGGGACCCUUAUUUCCAAUGGGAGGAGGAUGAAGAGAAGAAGCUCAUUCGGAAGAUUGAUAUUCGAGUUUGUACAUUCGCAUGCGUUACUUUCUUCGCGCUCCAGCUUGAUCGAGGAAACAUCGUCCAGGCGAUGUCGGACAAUAUGCUUGACGACCUAGGCAUGAACACCAACGACUAUAAUACCGGCCAGACAAUUUUCUACCUCGUCUUCCUCUUCGCGGAGUUGCCAUCGCAAUUGUUGUCCAAGAAACUUGGGCCGGAUCGCUGGAUUCCGAUCCAAAUGGUCAUGUGGAGUUUUAUCGCUGCUUUCCAGGCGUUCCUCAAGAAUCGAACCGGUUUUUUCAUCUGUCGCGCUCUUUUGGGUCUGAUUGAGGGUGGAUUUAUCCCUGACACGAUCCUGUUCCUCUCUUUCUGGUACAAGUCCAGAGAGCUGCCCAUUCGAUUGAGUUACUUCUGGGUUUCCUAUCAAGGUACAUCCAUUAUCGGUGCAUUCCUCGCCUUCGGAUUUCUCCAUGUUCGACAGAGCGAUGGCACCGGCGGAUGGCGAUACCUGUUUGCUUUCGAAGGCCUUAUCACCGGUAUCAUCGGAAUCAUCGCGAUGUUCUGGAUGCCCGCAGGACCAACACAGACAAAGGGCGGUUUCCGCGGGAAAGACGGUUGGUUCAACGAGCGCGAGGAGAAGAUUAUGGUUAACCGAGUCCUCCGCGACGAUCCCAGCAAAGGAAGCAUGCACAACCGACAAGCCCUGACACCUAAGAUGCUUUGGCGUGCGCUUUCCGACUAUGACCUCUGGCCGAUUUAUUUGCUUGGUUUGGUUUGGGGUAUUCCCAACACGCCGGCGACCAACUAUAUUACCCUGCAGCUCAAAAGUCUCGGUUUUGGAACGUUCGAAUCCAACUUGCUUACCAUCCCGGCAUAUGUUAUUUUCAUUGUCAAUCUGCUGUUCUGGACGUGGGUUUCGGAGCGCUUCAAUCAGCGUAUGCUUCUGGGUGUUGUUUGUGAAGUGUGGUGUUUGGCAUUGUUGAUUGCCCUCGAGGUUCUUCCUGCUGAUGCCAGUGCUUGGGGCCGAUGGGUGGACUUGGUUCUUCUGAUCGGAGCACCGUAUGUUCACGCUAUCAUCGUCGCCAUCACGUCCAGAAAUGCGGGAUCCGUCCGGACACGGACUGUGGCGACGGCCAUGUAUAACAUGACUGUUCAGGCGUCAAGUAUCAUUUCCAACAACAUCUACCGCGAUGAAGAUAAGCCGUUAUACCGCACAGGUAACAAGGUUCUUAUUGCGCUGGCUGCAUUUAGCGCAUUCCUGUUUGUCUUUACCAAGUACUAUUAUGUCUGGCGUAACAAGAGCAAUGAGACGAAAUGGAAUGCCAUGUCAAGUGAAGAACGAAAGGCAUAUCUGCUGGCAAACCCGGAUGCUGGCAACAAACGGCUUGACUUCCGGUUUUCUCACUGA